AUGUUUCGCCAAGAACCAGCCACGAAUCAUACACGGCAAGUCUCUACAACCGUUGCAUCCUCAGACCACAACGAAAGUAUGGAUGAUGAUCAUUUUCUAUUUCGUUCUCUUUUCCGAAUGCUCAUUUCCUUCUCUACGAAAAUCCUCAAACAUUUCCUACUCCACAAAUUGAUCAUUCCAUUGAGUGGAUGUGUAAUAGGAGGUGGAAUUCCCUAUCUAUUCAUUGAGAACCCAUCUUCAUCGAAAAGAAGGACCUUCUUGAAGAGUGUAUGCGUAGUGAGUGGAGCCUUGCUUGGUUUUGGAAUUUCCAAUCUAUUGUGUAGUAUGUAUAUGGGAUUACAAACUUGGAAAAGAGUAUCCCGAUGGUUAAAAUUGGAUUUUCAUGAAGAUUUUCUUCCAACAACUCACAUCAUCAAACAUUAA